AUGCUGCUGUUCUGGGGGUCACUGCUAUGCUGGGGGCUGCUGCCCCAGGCCCACGGGGAGGCCCAGCACCUGCUCUUUCUACGGAUCAGCAAGGACCAGGUCGAAACAGAUAUCUCAGACCUGCUCUCGGAACACCGCAUUCUGGACCGCGUGGCCAGGAUACCUGUGACGGGGGCCACAGGUGAAGGAAUCGCCAUCCUGGGCCACCUGCCCUUCGUAAAGAAAAGCCUCUCCAGGAAGAGCAGCGGGCUGGACCUGUCGCUGGUCGGGGACCUGCUCGCGGGGAAGAGCCUCCCUCUGCUGGGGCAGCUGCUCCGGGCAGAAGACACUACACACACACUCCACAGAAGCCUUACCAGGCUGUGCCACCUCCAUCCCUCUCACAGGUUGAUCAUAGAAGAUGCCAAAGGACCCGAGGUCACCCUGCAAGUCCUGAGCGACAGCCUGCUGCAGGUCACACUGCGAUGCAAACUGUACCUCUCGCUCCAGAGGAUCCUGCGGCUCAAAGUCAUCAAGAACAUCCGCAUGGGGAUACGGCUGGAGCAGACAGGGAACAAGACCCAGGUGGCCUUUGAGGAGUGCCACACCCCACCAGGAUACCUGAGCAUCACGGUUCUGGAGCGGAUGAACUUCCUCCUGGUGAAUGAAGCUCUGGGGAUGGUGACACGUGUCCUGGACCAGGCAUUGCCCUUCCUCCUGCAAAAGAUAGUGUGCCCCUUGGCCACGACCCUGCUCAGCUCGCUGCUGGAAGACCUGCUGCACAUCCACUUGUGUAUGUUGGUCCAGGCUCCUCUGCUGUCCCUGUGCUGGGAGGCUGAGUGCCAGAUUCCUUUCCUCACUGUAGCCCGGGCCCUCUCAGGCCCAGAAGACUUCCGGUACUAUGUCACCACCACGGAGUUCACCGAGGACGCCAUCCUGAUGAAAGUCCUGCUCGUGACCCGCUGCGGCCCAGGCCAGAGAGCCCCAAGGCUGGACCUCCUGGCCCCCCAGGACCUCCCCAAAUUAGCCCAGGGCAGCAUGGCAGACCUGGCCUUUCGGGUGGACGCCUACAAUGACAUCCUGUCCUGCCUCUACGCCAGCAAGGAAGUCUGCGUGGACCCCCGGGACCCCACGGCUGCCUACCUCAUUCAGCUGUUGUCACUGAGAGGAUUGGACCCCAGGCCCAAGCUGGGGGCUGAGGAAAGCCAUCGCCUCGGCCUGCCCACACCUUUACGCUUCGACUUCAUUCUGGCUUUUGAACAGUCCCCAGGGAGAAUGGGACUGGCCAUCAGGACCCCUGAGCCUCCCACGGUCCACCUUGAUGGUCACAGGGCCACGGUCAUCCAGCAGGGCUCCCUCAUGCUGCUGAGGCCCAAUGGCACCCCUUCUGUCUCCGUUUUCUGGAAACUCCUUUCCAAGGCUAUGUUUUCCUCAAGAAAUCAGAAUUUAAAACUCCAGUUCACUCCCUACAGCACCAUGGUCACCCUGAGCACUUACCCUGCUGGCCUCGCAAAGCAGAAAGAACGUCUGAAGGCCUUUGUCUCGGAGCUUCUGAGGAGGGUGUUUUUGCCCCGUCACAACGGAUUACAUGCUGCUGACCAUUCCAGAGGAAUAGGUUCUUGCAGAGGAUCCCUCCAUUCAGCCACACGUGCUCCAGACCCUGGAGACUCCAAGAACGGCUACAGUCACAGUGGAAAAUCUCAGUUGCAAUAA